GGCGCUCCUAAAUUUUCACCUCUUCAUUAUUUAAUUCGAUUGGACCUAAUUGUAACGAACCGACUUGUAUAAGGACAAGUUGUCUUAGAUUUGCCUGUUCAAUUUGGAGUGAGCUUUAUAUUUGAUAGACCUUAUGUUUAUCCUCUCUCCAACGCUGUAACAAAAAUUAAACAACUAAUUGUAAUAUUUUGAACAGUGUUUCUUAUAACAUGGAACUUAAUACAUCAGAAUAUAAUAAGAAAACAUAGGAAGAUUGUGGAUUUUAAUGUCUUAUUCCUUGAUACAUUAUGUAGUUUAUUACGUAACAAUUAUUUUUUUUGUUAUUGACAAAAAAUCUGAUAAUUAAGCUUUACCAAUGCAUAUCUAGAAUUUAAAUAAAUUUUUUGAAAAUCUAAAAAGUUAAAAUCUUUAGUCAGUGUAUGAGAACAACUAUAUACAUUAUACCCAUCAUUGUCACCAUUCAAAUAUUAUUCAAUAUUUUUUGUUUAUAUUAACAAUAUUGAAAUAACUAGUAGUCUAAACAUAAUAAAAAGUAUAGCAUACCAUAUUUACUAUAUGUCACCAUUUAAACGAUAACUAAAAUUAUUUGUUUUACAUUAACCGCAGUUAUUACAUAAUAUACAUUUUUAUAUGAAUUACACUUAAACGAUACCGUAUUAUCUAAUUUUUUUAUUUGCAUUAUAUAAUAAAUUGUUCCUAUAAAAAGUAUACACGUAUUAUAUAUCAACCACAUUUAUUACAUAAUAUACGUUUCUUUAUUACAAACCACAGCUUAACAAUAUCGUAUUAUCUAAUCCGCUUAUCCGCACCGCCCAAUAAAUAGUCACCAUACCAACCAAACAUGGUGCUGCCUCUAGACAGAGAGAGAGAAACCCUAGAAACCAAAAGAAAAAGAGAAGCAAUCGUGCCUCCUCCUUCUCCGACCACUCGCUUCCUCAGAUCGCGUGAACAUCACUCGAUUUCUCUCUUCUCUCCCUAUCAUCUCGCAGAUCCAAACCCCAACUCGCACCGAUCAGCGCGUGCCUCCUCCUCCCUCCUCCUCCUUCUUCUUCCUCUUCCUCUUCGCGACUAGAUUUUAGAUUGGUCUUUCCGAUUCUCCGCCUUGUUCUCCAAUCUCCGCACGAGUGCUUGUCAAUGGACAUAGAUCUUCGUCUACAUUCAGGUGACCAAGGCGAUGAUUCAGUCAGGGGACUUGACAACGUCUUGCACAAUUCAGACAUAGACAUUGGCAAGAUCGAGGAAGAUGUCUUGGCCGUCACAACCGGAGAAUUGGUCGACUACGCAGAAACCGUCAACCUCGAACCACUCAACGGCAUGGAGUUCGACUCACACGGCGAAGCGUACGCCUUCUACCAAGAGUACUCGCGUGCCAUAGGGUUCAACACCGCGAUACAGAACAGUCGUAGGUCCAAGACCACGAGGGAGUUUAUUGACGCUAAGUUCGCUUGCUCUAGGUACGGUACUAAAAGAGAGUAUGAGAACAAGUCCUGUAACAGGCCGAGAGCUAGGCAGAGCAAGCAGGAUCAUCCUGAGAAUCAUAUGGCUGGUGGUUGUAGGAGGACUUGUGCGAAGACUGAUUGUAAAGCGAGUAUGCAUGUUAAGAGAAGGUCUAAUGGGAAGUGGGUGAUUCAUAGCUUCGUGAGGGAGCAUAACCACGAGCUUGUGCCUGCGCAAGCUGUGACUGAACAGGCGAGGAGGAUAUACGCUGCUAUGGCUAAGCAGUUCGCUGAGUACAAAACUGUCGUCGGGUUAAAAAGUGAUGCGAAGAGUUUAGGUCGGAGUUUGCCAGUGGUGGAGACAGGAGAUUUCAAAGCUCUGCUUGAGUUCUUGUCGCGGAUGCAGAACUUCUCUUACGCGGUGGAUCUCGGCGAUGAUCAGCGUGUGAAGAAUGUGUUUUGGGUGGAUGCGAAGAGCAGGGGCAGCUAUGUUAGUUUCUGUGAUGUUGUUUCUCUUGAUACUACCUACGUGAGAAACAAGUACAAGACGCCGCUUGCUGUUUUCGUCGGUGUGAAUCAGCACUAUCAGUACAUGGUCCUUGGGUGCGCUUUGCUAUCUGACGAGAGUGCAGCUACCUUCUCUUGGUUGAUGGAGACGUGGCUGAAAGCGAUGGGUGGACAGGCUCCAAAGGUUUUGAUCACUGAGCAAGAGGCGGUAAUGAACUCCAUCGUUCCUGUAAUCUUCCCAAACACUCGGCAUUGCGUUUUCCUCUGGCAUGUGUUGGUUAAAGUCUCUGAGAAUCUUGCCCACGUUGCUAAGCAGCAUGAAGAUUUUAUGCCAAAGUUUGAGAAGUGCAUUUAUAAAUCAUGGAAGGAGGAAGACUUUGCGAGGAGAUGGUGGAAGAUUCUUGCUAAAUUCGGCCUCAAGGAAGAUCAGUGGAUGCAGUCUUUAUAUGAAGACCGGAGGAAAUGGGCGCCGACCUACAUGACCGACGUUCUCUUGGCGGGGAUGUCUUCAUCUCAGAGAGGUGACAGUGUCAACGCUUUCCUCGACAAGUACUUGCACAAGAAGACCAGCGUACAGGAGUUUGUUAAACUAUACGAUACAAUUCUGCAAGAUAGAUUUGAAGAAGAAGCCAAAGCUGAUUCCGAAACGUUGAACAAGCAGCCGACAAUGAAGUCCCCAUCGCCGUUUGAGAAGAGCGUCUCCGAAGUCUACACUCCCGCCGUGUUCAAGAAGUUCCAGGUCGAAGUCUUGGGAGCGAUUGCUUGUUCUCCAAGAGAGGAGAACAGAGAUGGAACAUGCUCUACUUUCAGAGUUCAGGAUUUCGAAAACAGCCAGGAGUUUGUGGUGACGUGGAACCAAGCGAAGGCUGAAGUCUCUUGCAUCUGUAGGCUGUUUGAGUAUAAAGGCUACCUCUGCAGACACACGCUGAACGUUCUUCAGUGCUGUCAUCUCUCUUCCGUCCCCUCGCAGUACAUACUGAAACGGUGGACUAAAGACGCGAGAAGCCGGCAGUUUUCAGGAGAGGCUCCUCCGCAGUUGCAGACGAGGAUGCAGCGGUACAACGACUUAUGCCAGAGGGCGUUGAAGCUGAGUGAAGAGGCGUCAUGCUCUCAAGAGAGUUACAACGUUGCGUUCCUCGCCAUUGAAGAAGCUUUGAGAAACUGUGCCGGUGUUAAUAGAAGUCUUCCAGAUACGGCCAGCUCACCAACUCAAGGUCUGGUUUCUGUGGAGGAGGAUAACCAGAGCAGAAGUGCAGGAGGCAAGACAAGCAAGAAAAAGAAUCCAACGAAGAAAAGAAAAGUGAGCUCAGAGCAGGAGGUUAUGCCGCAAGUUGCAACGCCGGAAAGCUUGCAACAGAUGGAUAAGUUGAGCCCAAGGACAGUUGGCAUAGAAAGUUAUUACGGAACACAGCAGAGCGUGCAAACUAUGGUUCAGCUGGACUUAAUGGGUGGGCCAAAUCGCGAUAACUUCUAUGGGAAUCAACAAACUAUGCAAGGAUUGUUGAACUCAAUAGCACCAAGUUACGAUAGUUACUACACUGCUCAGCAAGGGAUCCAUGGACAGGGAGUAGAUUUCUUCCGUCCUCCAAACUUUUCUUACGAUAUCCGGGAUGAUCCUAAUGUGAGGACUACCCAGUUGCAUGAGGACGCGCCUAGACACUCGUAAACCAAACUGUAGCCUAAGGGCGAUCAAAUCUGAAAGAGUUUAAAAUCUCUGCUGAACAGAAAGCCAAUAUGUUACCAGAAGAAGCUCAUUUGGCAACUCAGGUUUUUGGAACAGAACAGAGCAUGCUCUGUUUUUAUCACCUCAAGUGUUAAAUAUCGGAUGUUGUAUUGUUAAUAUUGUUUGUGUCUGUAUUUGAUAUGAUCCCCAAACUUGACUUUUCAAAUUUAGAGAGACAAAACAGUCUUUAGAGGAUAUUUCUCUGUCUAUAUAACUUGUUAAUUCUUUCGAUCAAGUUUCUUAGAUUUGUAGUA